GUCAUUAAUGUUGACAAUUUAUUCGCGAAAGAGAGUCAAGGCAGGCGCAAAGAUAUCAGAAAGAGUAUAGCAAUCCGAAGAGAACAACUGUGCAAAAGGAACAAUUAGUGAAAAUUUAUUAAACAAUUUUUAAUUGUUUUUAUUUCGAUGUGAAAAUAAAUGUAGAUGAAAGAGAAUUCGUUUAGAAACUUGUCCGCAACGAAAUAAGUUAACAAAGCUAUCUUAUUUCCCACGGCAUACACUUGUUAACAUUAAUAGAAGAGCACAACGAUUUUUUCCAACGUCAAUAUUCAAUCGGACCGAAAAAAAUUGCAUCAGCAUUGCUUUACAAAAGUACCAUUGCCAUUGAUUGGGAUAAGUGGAAGCAGACAUGUUAACGCAUAAAGGUUGUCAAGGUGGACGUAAGAAAAUGCAGGUGUCCUUUGUAAUACGGGAUGCAGAGGAAAAACAACACAGAAAUGGUGUUAAUGCUCUACAACUCGAUCCCAACAAUGGCAAACUAUAUUCCGCUGGGCGUGAUGCUAUUAUACGUGUAUGGAACACAAGAACAGAAUCUUCAGAGAAAUAUAUACAAUCAAUGGAACACCAUAACGAUUGGGUUAAUGAUAUUGUGCUCUGUUGUAAUGGCAGAAAUUUAAUAAGCGCCAGCUGUGAUACCACCGUCAAAGUGUGGAAUGCCCAUAAAGGCUUCUGCAUGUCAACGCUACGCACACAUCGAGAUUAUGUGCAAGCAUUGGCCUAUGCCAGAGAUCGCGAACAAGUGGCAAGUGCAGGAUUGGACAAAGCGAUUUUCCUUUGGGACGUUAAUACACUAACAGCACUGACUGCCAGCAACAAUACCGUUACAACCUCUAGUCUCACCGGUUCGAAAGACUCUAUAUACAGUCUGGCUAUGAAUCCUUCGGGUACGGUUAUUGUUAGCGGUUCAACGGAAAACAUAUUACGUAUUUGGGAUCCACGUACCUGUACACGGAGCAUGAAACUACGAGGUCACACCGAAAAUGUACGUGCGCUAGUAGUUUCACCUGAUGGUAGCCAAGUGGUGUCUGGCAGUUCAGAUGGCACAAUCAAAGUUUGGAAUUUGGGUCAGCAACGGUGUAUACAAACGAUACAUGUACACAAGGAAGGCGUUUGGGCGCUAUUGAUGAGUGAAAACUUUCAAUAUGUGAUUUCCGGCAGUCGAGAUAAGAACAUCAUUGUAACUGAGCUGAGAAAUCCUAGUAAUUCGGUAUUAGUAUGUGAAGAACGUGCGCCAGUGCUUAGUCUUGGUUAUAACAUUGACAAAACCGGUGUUUGGGCCACCACGUGGAAUUCGGAUAUACGUUGUUGGAAACUACCGCUCUAUGACAAAUGUACUUUAACGUCAAGUGGUGGAAUGGAUGCACAAUGGGCGAUAGCGUCAAACACAGAACUGACAUGCAUCAAAGGUGGUGCGGCCGUUAAAAAAUGCGUCGUUUUAAACGAUAAACGUUAUAUAGUCACCAAGGACACUGAGGAGAAUGUUGCCAUUUAUGAUGUGCUGCGUGUUAUGAAAAAAGAAGAUUUGGGCAAAGUGGAUUUUGAUGAGGAGCUGAAGAAACGUAAUAAACAAGUUUACAUUCCAAAUUGGUUUACGGUGGAUUUAAAGACUGGAAUGCCAACAAUUGUAUUAGGACAGGAUGAGGUUGACUGCUUUGCUGCGUGGGUGUCUAUAGAGGCUGGACUUCCAGAAUGUGCGGAACCAACAUCGGAGACUAAAAUAAAUUAUGGAAAACUUUUACUGGAAGCAUUGCUAGAAAGCUGGACACCACCACAUAGCUUACCGCAAAGUGAAUUAGAGCCAGAUAGCCAUGGAAAUGGUUACUUUCAAGUACCCAAGCACACACCGGUUAUCUUUAGUGAGGUAGGUGGACGUACGGUUUGUCGACUUUUGGUACGCGAUGCAGCUGGCGAGAGUGAAAGUACACUAUUGCACGAAACUGUGCCACAGUGGGUCACAGAUGUGGUGAUCGAGAAGACUAUACCGAAGUUCUUGAAAAUACCCUUCUUCCUGCAGCCGCACCCACAAAUGAUUAAACCAGAACGUACCAAAAAGGAUCGCUUAGUUGCCAACGAGUUUAUACAAUGCCGCAAAGUGUGCGAACAUGUUUUGGAGAAAGUACUGGGCGCAGAGACAACACCUAGUGGUGGUAACGCUUCAAAUUCCUCGCAGAAUAGUCAAAGUGAUGCCAAUUCCGAGGGUUCACAAGUACCUGCUGAGGAUCGCAUUGAGUUAUGGUGUAACGAAGUUGUGGUGGACCCCAACAUGGACUUGCGUACAGUGCGUCAUUUCAUUUGGAAACAGUCAACCGAUUUGACUUUCCAAUACAAGACAAAGCCAAAUUUUAGUUAUGAUGGUAAACUGUGAAUAGUCGCGACAAGAAUUACCACAUCAACAACAAAAACAACAACUUAAAUGCAUAGCGUAAAGACGAAACCUGCUACAACCGCCACCAUUCUUAAUCCACACCAAUUGGUUUUGUUGUGCUCGAAAAUAUUGCAAAAUUUCCAACGCAGCAACGAAAGAUGUGAAACAACAGGCUUCAGCCUAAAAUGAAAAUUAGUGCAAUUUAUUUUUGCAAAACAUACAAACAUUAAAUGAGUAUGUUUGUGUUUACACUUGAGUCUAGUUGGGAGCUAGUGCUUGUGCUAUUUUCUAGAAAUUGUGUUUAUGCCAGCCACAUAUCUAUGUGUCGUCAGUUAAUCCAUAAGUUUGACGAUUUUUGAUAUUUGUUUUGUUUACUACGUAAAAGAAAUCACGUUAUUUAAUUCGAACGUGAA